ACUAGUUUGAGGAGGAGGAAGAGGGGGGGUGUAUCUGACAAGCACACACAAUAAAUGCGUUUUACUGAAAGGGAGACGAGCAGAGGCACCCGGGGGGCUUCAAGAUAAUAGACUAUGGUGUCACCCAACCCGUUCAGGUGGUUGUCUCCGAUUUUGACAGCGUUUUCUUGCAGCAGUUGUGAGCUGUAGGGAUUUAGUGAUAGAUACCGAGACUUUGGGAGGGGGGGGGGAUGGGAAAGCGAGCCGGAUUGGCUGCUGCAGAGAGUCAGCCAGGGCCAGGGUUUGUAGUGUAAUCAGGGCAGGUCGGCAGAUACGAAACAAUCAUUUAUUUAAAAAAUAAUAAUAUAUAUAUAGUAAUAAUAAUAAUAAUAGCAGUGCAAAGGUUUAUCAAGAGAAAAAGCAGCAGCUGUGCAUGCAGUGCAAGGCUGCGCGGGUGCUGUAAUGAAGGCAGUGUGAGUCAGAAAGUCCUCGCCGGGCAGUUGCUCGCUUUCUUUUUUUUUUUUUUUUUUUGCAGUGGCUGCCGGUGGAGAGCUUCUCUAAGUACAGAUAUGAGCGCAGCACCCGGGCCUAGUCGCACUGCCGCACAGAUCCGCUUUCACAAAUCCGGAAAAAAUAACCUUACACUGCACAUUUUUAACGAUUUUCAACUGGUUUUAUUGUGUCCGAGGUGUAAAUGGUAAGAUUUCAGUUGAAUUUUUAAACUCGGGUGUGUUUUUUUUUAUUUGUUAACCUAUCGUGUUUUUGUGUGUGUCUGUCUGUCUGUCUGUCUGUGCGUGUUCGUACGGGAGCGGAGUGUCAACAUUGUGAUAUUAGUGCAGGGUAGACGUUUGGUCUUCAAGGAUGGAGCCAUGAGAGAAUGGAUCAAACAUGCAAACGGAGUGUUGGAGAUAUUUUGACUCUUUACUCCGACCCACUGAAACCGCAGAGACCAGAUGGCAACAGCGCCCCCUGUGGAAAAGGGUAUGGCAUGGCAGCUGGAUUAGACACCGCGUGCGCCAUGCAGCUGUCGACGGCCACUGCUUUUAAAAACGGAGAGUCGUACGUGUUCGAUCCACAGGAGCCUUCCUCGUGCUACAUCCCUCUUCGAAGACUGCAGGACCUCGCCUCCAUGGUUAGCCAGCCGGACCUAGGUUUCAAAGAUGGAGAGCAGCAGGGGCCCCAUGAUUUGCACACUCAGGGGGCAGAUUUCGAGUCGGUCUCCUGCCAUAUUGCCUCCUCUUCACUCCUUAAUAGUGGGGUGGACACUUUAUCCAAUCAUGAUUUAGAAAACAAUUGCCCCGCUCCUCGGACUCCAGAUUUGAACGCAGACGCAAUCCCUAACAGCUGCCUGCCCUUAAAGCCGACUGCGCUUGGGAUGAGAACACAUGGUGGUGGUGAGCGAGAGGUGGAGGAGGAGGAGGAGGAGGAGGAGGGGGACAGCGUCACUGUUGCAGUACUGAAACACAAAGCAAAGACAGACAAAAAGAAAACGAUGGUUAGCGCCGGGAAUUCUUGCAAAUCCGGAACUCUAGAAGUCGUUGCUGAAAAUCGGGACAUCCGCCCAGAGGUGCCCAGUAAAACCAGUACACUCGAGCCCAGCUCAGCUGGGAUCCACGCGCAUUCUGCGGGAUUAAAGGACAUGGCCACAUGCGCCACAGAUUAUUUGGGAAGUGGUGCAGAAGAUUCGGGGAGCGACAUGGAAGUGUCCCGGGACUUAGGGAACGGCUGUGAGGGAGGAGAGCCGAGGGACAGGACAGAGGCCACAUCGGCUACCCCUCAGUCCAAUUCUGGCUGCAGUCCGAAGAAGAAGCCCACUCCAGUGGCGUACGAGCUUGGAGACCUGGUGUGGGCCAAGUUCAACCGCCGGCCCUGGUGGCCAUGCAGGAUCUGCUGUGACCCGCUGCUCAACACCUACUUCAGGAUGAAAGAGCCCAGUCGCAGACCCUGCCGCCAGUACUUCGUUCGCACGUACGGGGAGAUCCUGGACCAGGCCUGGGUGGUGGGGAGAGCCACCUUCCCCUUCGAGGGGCGCCACCAGUUCGAAGAUCUGCCCGUGCUGCGCAGGAGGGGCAAGCAGAAGGAAGAGAACUACAAAUACACAAUCCCGACUCGGUUCUUGCCAGUUUGGGAGGCCAGUGUGGUCGAAGCAGAGGCCACUCUUCCUGAACCACAGAGGAAAUUAAUCGGCAGCUCCUCUGCAAAGACUACUGACCUCCAUCCUACAUCUGUGAAAGAAGAGGAAACAACUCUAACAAGCCCCCAGAGCCCUGCCGGGCCCCCCGAACCCUCGUCGUCAGCGCAACUGCCCAAUGGAAAAUCACAUCCACCCAAAAGGCCCAAUCGGAAGAAGGAGGGCGGCACCAAGACCCCGCGGGUCCAAAAGAAGCCUGCUGACUCCUGCAAAGCCUCUAAAGAAGCAGAGACAUCGAGGAAGCAGGCAACAGCUGUGGCCGAGGCAGUCUCCACUGGACCCGAUGACCCCCCCCCUGCUGACUGCCCCUAUUCGGAUAUUGAUUCUGUACCGAGGAUCCUUUGUCCAAAGGUUUCAGAACUCACCCCUAAACUUGAGCCGGUCCAGCCGCCCCCGAUCCCGCUGGACACCCCCACGCCGGAGAUCAGGAAGCUUGCCUCACGGCAAAGACGCAAGCGCGUUUCGGUGAGGAGGCUGCCGAGAGGGUUGGCCGGCGAUGCCGCCAGCACAGGCUCAGACUCGGAAAACAGCUUGUACGGGGGCUCGCUCUUGUGUCCCGCGAGCGCAGGACUGUGUGAUUUGUCUGAGAAGAUCAGCAGCCAGCGGGCCAGGUGCCUCCCAGCCAGCAAUAGACUAACGACGAGGGCGCUGAAGGCUAUGGAGGAGGCAGGAGCCGACAAGCACAUUAUUGGCUGUAGAAACUCUGAAUUGUCAAAGGGGGAGACGGAGAAGAACUUUGCAUCCGCUGAAGGUCCUACGGAAAGCUUGGCUUCCGCAAAUAGCUGCAAACAAGCGGGCAAAGUCGACACUUCACAGACACUCUGCAAAGACCUGACGCAGCAGAGCACCCCGGGGGGAAUGCACGCCGCUUUAUCAGAGAGAAACAACACUGCGCUCCCGAAUGGGCCCCUCACAAAACCAGAGAGAGAGAGCUGGCUGGAUUUCAAAGAGCCUUGUGACUGGGCGCCACUGUCGGAGGACACAAUGGCCCGGGUGGCUGCCCUGGUGAAGAGGCAAAACGGCCUCCAGGAAAGCUCUUCCUCCUGCACCUCCCCUUCCUCAUCCUCUUCCCCCUCUCCCUCCUCCAUCCCUGCAGACAUUCAGAGCGCUGUGGUCAAGCACGUCCUCUCGUUCCACUCUCUGAAGAACGAGGACUGCAGGUCAGGCAAGCCUGCUACCUUUAACCCAGACUCCAACUACAAGUACAGCACCUGGUUGAUGCUGUGGAAGGGCAUGCAUGACAGCCGGGCGAGGGAAGGGUCUCCAAUGGUCGUGGGGCAGAGCGUUGGAACCUCUCCCAGUACACCUCCCAUCAUCCCUCAGACUACCCCUCCCAACACCCCUCCAAAACAUAACGCACCUCCCGCUGGGCUGUCUCUCUUCUCCGACGCUGGAGGAAAUAAAAAGCAUGAAGGGAGAUCGGAGAAGAUCACCCCAGCUAUCUGGGGGACGAAAAUGACAACCAGGGUGAGAAACAGCAAGAGUAGCCUGCAGGGGCCGGUACCGAUGCAGCUUCCCAGUGAUGCAUUACCAGCCCAGGGAAACAGCUCCAGCGCCAACAUCAAGCGAGCCCGACCCAGGCCUCCUUCACAGAAACGGGCGAACCCCAAGGGUGGGGAAGGCGGCUCGGGCGACGCUGGUAGGAGCAGCAGCAGCGUUAUGAAAGUCCGCGAUGAAUACGGGCGCUUCAGAAAAGGCUCAGCGACAGCAGCAGCCAGGAGGCGGAGUCACAACAACGUGCCUUUGGAAUUGGCCGAGCACGCUUAUGGGAAAGACUGCGCGCGAGCGCACAGCGACGUGAAACCAGGCGGGGGCUCCUCUCUCCUCUGGGGACGCUCCUGGACCCAGUCUCCAGCUGGGACCCCCGAGGACUGCGUGGCCCCUAAGAAGCACUGGCAGAAUUUUGACCAGGGCUCUGAUAAAGCAGUCGGGACGGAGGGAGAGUGUGGGGGGCAGGAGCUUGAGGGCGGAGAGACGGCGGUGCCUUUCGAGCUGAGCGGGGGCUGUAAGGGGGGUCCGGGUCACAUCCUGGGACCUGCCAAGGCUUCCCAACCAAAGAAAGGGGAUGGCAAGCUGGCAGGCGCUCGGACGCACACCAAUAAGACACCUCCGGCUAGUGGAGAGGAGAAGGAUGUCUCGCUAUCAGCACACUCAGAAAGCAAGCGACGUAGGAAACCCAGCAAGAGACUCCUGGAGUGGACUGAGGAGAGCGAGACUGGAGCGAAGAAGAAGCAGAGAAAAGGGUCUGAGCAGAGCGGCAAGGCUGGAGAGGAAGAGAACAGCAGGGAAGCAGCAAGCGAGCCGCUUUCACUGGUGACGUCUACGCAAGAAGAGCUGCACACUGCAACCCCAGAGCACCAUGCACUGUCCACACAGGGGCCAGGUGGCAUAGAGGAACAGGCUCCGCCCCAGGAUGGGCAUGUCCCGCCCCUAGAUACACUGACUCCACCCCCAGAGGCCCUGUCACCUGCAAAAGAGACCCAGAAAACAGAGCUGGACCCUGCCUCUCCUGAGCCCUGCCCCCUGGAACCCGGGCAGCAGUCUCCAGAGUCAGAGUGCCAAGAGAGGAAGAGGCUUCGGAAACCCACUAAAAAGAUUCUGGAGUGGACCAUCGACGUGGAGUCGAUCUUAAUUCCAAAGAAAAAGCCAAGGGAGGAUCGUCGCAGCUCCCAAAAGGACGAGUCCACGAAGAAGAGCGUUUCCUCGUCUCCAGGACUCUGUUCAGCACUGCACCCCGACCGAAACAAGAAGAGGAGGAGGCGGGUUUCCUCCCCGGUGUUGCACAAGAAAAGCGUCCCCAGCGCCUCCGAGGAAGAGGGGAGUCUCGAGGAAUCCAGUGAGGCAGCUCCCGAGCCCCAGGCCUGCCCCUCUGGCCAGGAGGACAGCCCUGUGACAGUGAAAGAGGAGGUCUUCCAGUGCGAGCUGGAGGUCCCGACCAAUAAGAAAUCUCCAGGAGAGAAAGGCGGGGCCGCCUCCAUGAAGGAGAAUGUUUGCCAGGUGUGUGAGAAGCCCGGGGAGCUGCUGCUGUGUGAGAGUCAGUGCUGCGGAGCGUUCCACCUGCAGUGCAUCGGCCUGUCGGAGAUGCCCAAGGGGAGGUUCAUCUGCAACGAAUGCACCUCCGGGAUACACACCUGCUUCGUGUGCAAGAAGCCUGGGCCGGACGUGAAGCGGUGCAUGAUUCCAGUGUGCGGCAAGUUCUACCACAUGGACUGCAUCACCAAGCACGCCCCGACCGUGCCCCAGAACCAUGGCUUCCGCUGCUCGCUGCACGUCUGCCUGUCCUGCUACAUCACCAACCCUGCCAACCCCACCGUCUCCAAAGGACGCUUGACCCGCUGCGUGCGCUGUCCCGUUGCGUACCACGCCAACGAUUACUGUAUGGCUGCCGGGAGCGUGAUCCUGGCCAACAACAGCUUCCUGUGUCCCAACCACUUCACCCCACGCAAGGGCUGCCGCAACCACGAGCACGUCAACGUCAGCUGGUGCUUCGUCUGCUCCGAAGGGGGCAGUCUGCUGUGCUGCGAGUCAUGUCCUGCUGCUUUCCACCGGGAGUGUCUCAACAUCGACAUGCCCGAGGGCAGCUGGUUCUGUAACGACUGCCGGGCUGGGAAGAAGCCGCACUACAAGGAGGUGGUGUGGGUCAAAGUGGGGCGCUACAGGUGGUGGCCUGCUGAGGUGAGCCAGCCCCGGAACAUCCCAGCCAACAUCCAGCGCAUGAAGCACGACAUCGGCGAGUUCCCGGUGCACUUCUUCGGAUCCGACGACUACCUGUGGACCUACCAGGCACGUGUCUUCCCGUACAUGGAGGGGGACGCCAGCAACAAGGACAAGAUGGGCAAGGGCGUGGACCCCACCUACAAGAAAGCUCUGCAAGAGGCUGCAAAGAGGUUCCACGAGCUGCAGGCUGAGAAGGAGAUGAGGCAGCUACAGGAGGACCGGAGAAACGACAAGAAACCCCCUCCUUACAGACACAUCAAGGUGAACCGGCCGAUGGGGAAGGUGCAGAUCUUCACGGCAGACAUGUCGGAGGUCCCGCGCUGUAACUGCAAGGCGACGGAUGAGAAUCCCUGCAGCCUGGACUCGGAGUGCAUCAACCGCAUGCUGAUGUACGAGUGCCACCCCCAGGUGUGCCAGGCCGGGGACCGGUGCCAAAACCAGAGCUUCACCAAGCGCCUCUACCCAGAGCUGGAGAUCUUCAGGACCCUGGCCAGGGGCUGGGGCUUGCGCUGCAAGAGCGACCUCAAAAAGGGUGAGUUUGUGAACGAGUAUGUGGGGGAGGUGAUCGAUGAAGAGGAGUGCCGAGCGAGAAUCAAACACGCUCAGGAGCUUGACAUCUUCAACUUCUACAUGCUCACCCUGGACAAGGAUCGUGUCAUCGACGCUGGCCCGAAAGGAAACCACUCCCGCUUCAUGAACCACAGCUGCCAGCCCAACUGCGAAACGCAGAAAUGGACCGUGAACGGGGACACCAGGGUCGGCCUCUUCGCUCUCGCAGAGAUUCCCUCUGGCACGGAGCUCACCUUCAACUACAACCUGGAGUGCCUGGGGAACGGCAAGACUGUGUGUAAGUGUGGCUCCCCCAACUGCAGCGGCUUCCUGGGAGUGAGACCAAAGAACCAGCCCAGCACCUCCUCGGAGGAGAAGGGGCGCAAGCUAAAGAAGAAGGUGCAGGUGAAGCGUCGGUCCAGGUCAGAGGUGCCGAAGGAGCGUGAGGACGAGUGCUUCAGCUGCGGGGACGGGGGGCAGAUUGUGUCCUGCAAGAAGCCAGGCUGCCCAAAGGUGUACCACGCAGACUGCCUGAACCUCACAAAGAGGCCAGCCGGUCGCUGGGAGUGCCCGUGGCACCAGUGUGACGUGUGCGCGGAGGACGCCGCCUCGUUCUGUGAGAUGUGUCCGAGCUCCUUCUGCAAGCGGCACCGUGAGGGAAUGCUCUUCAUCUCCAAGCUGGACGGACGGCUGUCCUGCUGCGAGCACGACCCCUGCGGGCCGGACCCCCUGGAGCCCGGAGAGAUCCGCGAGUACGUUCCCGAGUCCCCUGACAAGGACCCGGGGCCAGGGGUGGCUGGGGAAAAGACCCCAAAGAGCUCCACUGCAGCCAGCAAGGACAUCGCGGACACAACCCCUGCUCCCACCACCCCCAAGAGCACUGCUGCAGCCAGCAAAGACCUUGCAGACACAACCCCUGCUCCCACCACCCCCAAGAGCACUGCUGCAGCCAGCAAAGACCUUGCAGACACAACCCCUGCUCCCACCACCCCCAAGAGCACUGCUGCAGCCAGCAAAGACCUUGCAGACACAACCCCUGCUCCCACCACCCCCAAGAGCACUGCUGCAGCCAGCAAAGACCUUGCAGACACAACCCCUGCUCCCACCACCCCCAAGAGCACUGCUGCAGCCAGCAAAGACCUCGCAGACACAACCCCUGCUCCCACCACCCUCAAGAGCACUGCUACAGCCAGCAAAGACCUCGCAGACACAACCCCUGCUCCCACCACCCCCUCCCCCUCCACCACCCCCAAGAGCACUGCUGCAGCCAGCAAAGACCUUGCAGACACAACCCCUGCUCCCACCACCCUCAAGAGCACUGUUACAGCCAGCAAAGACCUUGCAGACACAACCCCUGCUCCCACCACCCCCAAGAGCACUGCUGCAGCCAGCAAAGACCUCGCAGACACAACCCCUGCUCCCACCACCCUCAAGAGCACUGCUGCAGCCAGCAAAGACCUUGCAGACACAACCCCUGCUCCCACCACCCCCUCCCCCUCCACCACCCCCAAGAGCACUGCUGCAGCCAGCAAAGACCUCGCAGUCACAACCCCUGCUCCCACCACCCCCAAGAGCACUGCUGCAGCCACCACAUCCCCCUCUACCCCUCCUGUCACCUCCACCACCACCCCCAUCACAGCCACGGCUGAGGAGGAAGGAAAGGGUGAGGGUCAGGGGGAGCAGAAGUGACUACACCCCCUGGCCUUACAGCUCCAUCCCUGCUUCAGUGGAGCUCCUGCAACUCUCCUGACUACUGACCCAGCUCAAAUCAGGAGAGGGAAGGGGAGAAUGCAGAGAGAGCUUGGUUUGGACAAUCUGCUGCUCUCAGCUGGAUGGGAAAGACCGUGGGGUUUGCGCUGGAUACAACGUGGCUGCUAGUUCCCCCAGGAACACAUACACACAGAAACACGCACAUAAAACAUAAACCAACAAACUUAAACAAUAUAUAUAAAUAUAUAAAAAAUGAUGUCCCGUGUAAACUGGGAUUUUGGAAACGUUUGAGGGUGAAAUGUCGGCGCGUGCCCUGCUUUCUGACUUUAGACCCCAGUUGCUGUUUGAGAGCCGUUGGUCGCCUGACCCUGCCCUCACCCCUUGCACCUCGGAGUGGAAUAGGUGUGUCCUGAAACUCUACAGCACUCGUACAGGCAGCAAGCAGACAGAUGGGGAGAGAGGUUAGAAAUACACUGGGACACGAGAGAGAGCACUGUUUCAGUCAUGCGACGUAUUAGAACUGUGGGCUCUUAUUAAAACUGAGCGACUGGUAAAUGACAAGUGUGGGCUUUUCCGUAGUGCUGCUGUACCAUCAGAUCGAAAUGCCUGGAUAUUUUUUACAUUUUUCUUCUCUGUACUGCUGUGGGUUAAGUUCAGUAGAAGGGCAACGGCCAACCUGGGCUCUUCCCACAGUCACAUGUUAUAUAUAUAUAUAUAAUUUACACACAGUUCUAGAUGUGGCAGUGGUGUCAUUUUUUGGAUUUGUUGAUCAGCUGAUCUAAGGGUUGUGUUACCUGGUGCUACAGAACCAUCUCUAUUAGACGAAGCCCUGAAUCUUGACUGGACUACGAAAGAGCUCAAGUGCGGCUCGGGUUCCAGGGCACAGGAUUUUUCAAAUAUUUUGUUGUCAUUUUUGCUUUGUUUUGGAGUACACUUGGAUUGUGUCGUGAUUGGAUCUUGCAUGUGAUUGGAAUAACGGUUCUUCUCAUUGGAUGACCAGACCAAGGACAAUGAUUGGGUAGUUCACUCCUAAUGAACAUUGCCGACAGUAACAUUGAAACUUUAUUCUCCAGCUACUGCUAUGUGACUUGGAGUUGCGGAUCUAUGUGAGAAGGGUGUGUGGCAGGGUCUGGGAGUGUCUGUGUCUGGGGAUGAGGAACACAUUACUGUGUUCAAUAUUGCAAUCAUUGCUGAUUUUACGUUUGAAUGAAAGCCCAGGUCCUCCCCAUUGAGCAGUGUUUGUAGUCUGUGGGAUGCACCUGUUUGUAAUUAGUAGCUUGUGCCAAGCACCUCGUCACAUCAGUAAUACAGUUCAUCAGAGUCCAUCACAGUGUCAUGCACCCAUUGCACUUGUAAACGAAGGUGGAUUUGGUAGAACGUCAAGUUCAGUAUUCUCACCUCCGUAACCAAUUCAGUUCUUGAGAAAGCUGGUGAUGGCUGCUGUUGUGCCCGUACAACCCCUGUUGAAAUUAGCAGCAUUCUGCUGCACAAAGCUGUUCUUUCUGAGCUCAGGCUCUAGAGCCACAUGUGACUUCUACUCCCGAGCGCGCAGGAGGCCACGCAGAAAUGCUAUCAUUUUAUUCUGUAGGACACGCAGUGGUAAUGUACCCAGAAUAUGUUUCUAUGGUAGUUAAUGCACUCUGAAUGUAACUUAAUGAACAAAUGGAAUCAUGAAAAACCAUCUGUGUAUUUUUUUUUUUUUUUUUUUUUUAAGUAGUCGAGAUUGUGGCAAGCCACAAAUCUGUUUUGCCUCCUGGCGAAGGUUUGCUGUUUUUGUUACUGCUCCUGGAAGCCCAUUUUUUUAAUUUUUUUUUUUUUUUUUUUUUUUAGUAUAAUUACAUUUUAUGAUUUUUCAAGCACAUUG